AUGUGUUUUGCUGCUUGUACAGAGGGCGUUCGGGGAGCUUGUUCAGCAAAGAUGAAUCUCCGCCUGGAUGUAGACGGCCUUGUAAAGCAUCAUGAGCACCUCGGUGCCUGCAACCCUGGUGGUCGGGAGAUCAGUCCGGACAUUGCAGAAAGAGCUUGGUCAUGCUUUUCCAAACAGACCGUGUCAAUCUCUGAGCCUCACAAUAUGCUUGUACGCCACCUGUCAGAAUCGCGAAAGCGUAGCAAGGACGUCAAGCUACAAACAGAGGCACAGAGUGGCACAGUCUAUUAUGGCAUGCCAAAGUCUCCGGCUUCUGUGAUGUUUCGUCCCCUCUCGGUCGCCUUGGAAGCGGUUGAUGUACUUUCAAUGUCCGCUCUUCUUCCAUACCAGGGUGGAAUUCAUCACGCAUUCAUGAUCGAUGCUCUUCGUCGUCUAUCAACCUGUCAGGCAACAUAUACAGAUCCCGUACAAGCCCUACCGUGCUCGCACGACCGUCUCUCAUCCGCCGCAGUUCUCAACCACAGCCAGAAAGCCUCUGCCAAUAGCGUUCAGCUAUCAGCAGAGUUGACAUCCAAGUCAUUGUUCUGA